CAGCAACAUCGCCUAAGCUUAAUUGAUACUCAAUUGUAACCCGUGUACUCCGCGAUCGGAUCACGUUCUUAAGUUCUUAACCAAACAACUAAACAUGCGGGAGGAAGGGGCAGCGACGACGAGCCCCAAGCCCGCUCCCUUCUUGACAGAUGAGCAGCGGGCGGCACUAGAUCAGGCUCUCCGGGACAAGGCGGCAGAGCAAGCGAAAGCGCGGGCGGCUGCCAACCAUAAGGCUGCUGCCGCUUCCGGCGAGCGGAAGAGCCGGUCAGUUAAGGGCCCCGGCGGCGCCAAGAAGGGCGGAGGCGGCGGCAAGUACACCUGGGGCUCCCUCCUCACCAACGGAGCCGGCGACGAGGUGGUUGACCGCAACGACCCCAACUACGACAGCGAGGAGGACACGCGGGACGUGGUGCUGCUGCGGAACCACCAGGCGGCGGUGCGGCAGGAGGUGGCGGCGUACAAGGAGCAUAUCCGCUCCCUGAUUGAGGAGUACUUUUGCUCCGGCUCCGUGUCCGACGUGGCUGACAGCCUGGAGGACCUGGGCGCGCCGCACCUGUCGCACUACUUUGUGAAGCGGCUGCUCACGGCGGCGCUGGACCGCAAGGAGCGGGAGCGGGAGAUGGCCAGCAGCCUGCUGUCGGGGUUGUAUGCGGAGGUCAUCCCGCCCGACCAGCUGCUCAAGGGCUUCACCUCCGUGUUCGCCUGCCUGCCCGACCUGCUGCUGGACGUGCCCGAUGCGCCCGACCUGCUGGCGCGCUUCGUGGCGCGGGCGGUGGUGGACGAUGUGCUGCCGCCGGCCAUUGUGGGGGCGAUUGACCCGGAGUCCUGCCCCGCCGCCCGCGACCUGCGCCAGCGCUGCGAGGUGCUGCUGGCGGGGCGGCACAGCGCGGAGAAGGUGCUGAGGUGCUGGGGAGGAGCAGGCACCGGCACGCUGCACCCCGACUCGCAGGCCGCCAUCUCCUCCCUGCUCUCCGAGUACCUGGCUGCGCGUGACGAGGCGGAGGUGGGGCGGAGGCUGCGGGAGCUGGGGCUGCCCUUCUUCCACCACGAGCUAGUGAAGCAGGCGCUGAUGGCUGCCACGGACAACCCCGCCCACCUGGCCCCGGUGGUGGCGCUGCUGGCCAGCCUGUCCUCCAGCGGGCAGGUGUCGUGCAGCCAGCUGGCCAAGGGUCUGCGGCGCGUGGCGGACAACCUGGCGGAUGCGGUGCUGGACAACCCCGCGGUGGGGCAGCGCUUCGGGGAGGUCAUGCAGGCGGCCAAGGCCGCCAAGGUGUUUGACGACCUGCAGCCCGAGGAUGUGGGCGCCAACGCAGCAGCCGCCCUCUUCGGCUCCUCCACCACCCCGACUGCCGCCUCGGGCCCCUCGGCUAAUGGUGCCUCCCCCGCUGCUGCUGCUGCUGGUGUGGUGGUGUCCAUGCCGCCUGGUCUUGCGGCGUUCAAAGCGGCGUCGCUGGCGGCUGUGAGGGAGUACUUCGAUUCGCAGGACGCGGCGGAGGUGGCGGCGAGCCUGCUGGCGCUUGACGAGCCCGGGCUGCACCCGCUGUUCGUGAAGGCGGCUGUGUCCCUAGCGCUGGACCGCAAGGACCGCGAGAGGGAGCUGGUCAGCAAGCUGCUGGUGGCGCUGGUGCCGCAGGUCGUCUCCACCGAGGCCCUGGCCGGCGGCUUCACCCGCCUGCUCGCCGCCUCUGACGACCUGGUUCUGGAUGUGCCGGAUGCAGUGCACCUGCUCAGCCUGUUCCUGGGGCGGGCGGUGGUGGACGAGCUGCUGCCGCCCGCCUUCCUGACGCAGGUGCUGUCCUCCCUGCCCGCCGAGGGUCUGGGUGUGUCCGUGGUUCGCUCCGCCGGCCUGCUGCUGGGCGCCCGACACGGCACCGAGAGGCUGGUCAACUGCUGGCACGGGGGGGCGCUGGAUGUGGGGGCGGUGCGGCAGGCGAUCAGGGAGGCGGUGCAGGAGUACGGCAGCAGCGGUGACGUGUCGGAGGUGGCUCGCUGCCUUCGCGAGCUGGAGGCGCCCGCGUACGGACAUGAGGCGGUGGUGGCGGCGAUCGAGCUGGCCUUCAACCGCUACCACGGCAGCGCCCCGGCUGCCUCCGAGACCGCCUCCGCCCCCUCCUCCCCCGCCGAGGCCGCAGCCCCGGUGGUGGCUCUGCUGGCGAGUCUGGCGGGGCAGGGGGUGCUGACGGCCACGCAGCUGGCAGCGGGGGUGGGGCGGGUCAAGGCGGCGUUGGAGGAGGAGGUGAUGGAUUACGGCCCCUCGGCCCGGGCGGUGCUGGACUGGAUCACGGAGAGGGGGGUGGCGGAGGGCUGGCUGGCGGCGUGAGGAGGAGGAGGAGGAGGUGUGCGGGUGGAGGGGAGCAAGGGCGUGGAGGGGUGACACAAGGGGUGUGGGGUGCGGCGGAGGGGGGGCCGACUUACGUCAGGAGGAGCGCUGGAGGAGGAGGAGGAGGAGGAGCAGGGGGGCUGCUCGUGGGGUUGUGGUACUGCUGGCAGGCUGGUCGGCUGGGUAGGAGGUGUUGGUGCCAUGGUAGUGCUGCGGCAGGCAGGCAGGCAGGCCAGCGGGCAGACAUGCAUGCAGGCAGGCCGGCGGGCAUGCCGGGGGUUGAGGCCUCAGGCUGCUUGUAGCGGUGCCAGGAGCCGAAGAUGAGACGCCCUCCAGCGGGCGCCAUUAGCGAUUUGGGACACCGCGAAUAGCGGGUAAUAGGUAUUUUGCUGCAGGCGGCUUGACCAUUGGCCCUUGUUCCUUGUGCGUGGCCGUGUUCCCAGUCUUGUUUGUUAUCGGCUGCAUGGCAGGUUGCGGUUAUGUUGUGAAUCGCUGCUGCCGUUACAAACAAGACAAGCAGUCGCAGUGAAGUGAAAAGAGGCUUGUUGGCCCCAUCUUGGCAGCAGAUGCCGGGGCUGAGUAAACCGUGUAAGGGAGAGACCCAUGGGUCACGCGAGGCGUGACGGGAAUAACUGGAGUGGUUCUUUUGGUCACUUUGCCUUGGUAUCUUUGUUACUCGAACAACCAUGGUUUUCCCUUUGAACAUACCCCUGGGAGGAAACGGCUGUUCGUUCAUGUUUCUUGUGCCUAGGGUAUGUGCGCCGGUUUCAUGGUUGCAUGUCUGUUUGGUAUCGCUUAUUGUUGGUUACACGUGUCUUAUGCUCUUUGCUACGAGGCCAGAUGUAUGGUACGGAGCAGCGAUGGAGGCACUGCAGAGGGCGGCCAAGAGGCGACCCAGGCAACAGCACGGCCGAGGAGGGGCCUCGCUGAAGACGUGGUGUACAGUUGCGGAAACGACGCAGGGCGGAAGGGCACGCAGACCGUGAAGAGGGUUACGGUGGUGGUACCGGUAGCUGCUUUUUGCUCCAUGCCAUGCUCGAGCACAACCGUUUGCAGUAGCAUAGCGGCUGCCGAGGGCAAGGGAGUCGCCGCGUGCCGUGUUGCGGCGACGUUCUUCUGCACGCCUACCAGGGUAUGGACAUAUGAGCAUCCAGGGGUCUCAUUCCAAUUCUAUCGGGGAAAUUCUAUCUGUGUCUUGCAGGUUGUGCUAAGAAAAGAAUUUGCACGAUAGUGUUUUUUUCGUAAGAUGUCGCGUGGGGCUUACGGCUUGCGGUGCGCUUGCGACAUGGCUGCUGCAGGUGGGGGCGGGCGCUGCUCUUCAGCCGACCCCUUGCGUCCCUCGCCUGGUCAGGAGCAGAGAAGGACUACAAGCAACCGGUGGAACUGUAAACAAGACAUUACACAUUACUGUACGUAUUGCAACAGGCAAUACUGUCUGUCCCGUGCGUAAUUGUGUGUUACGAAAACUGAUGUUCCCUUAUCCUGUAUACCGGUACUUGACGCGCUG